AGGCGUUACGCGAUCGCGUCAGUUGGAGAGCAGGCGCAGGUACGUGAGGAAGCAAGACGUCGUCUCCGCGUUUAAAGAUUUUUGGUUUAAACAAAAAAAUGUAACAAAGAACGCAAGUAAUGUUUCGUAAAAACGUUUAUUUUUUUUCCCCGCAAGUGUAUUUAUUUUGGGCUCCUUCUCUUCCAGGUUACGCUGUUCUGCCGCUCAGUGGACUCGAGGAACAUUUAAUGCCGAGAAGAAGACUUUAUUGCAUCGGCCAUUGACCUUAAAGCGGGCCUCUCCAACAAACACCGAUGAAGAAACCUAGAUAUUCGAACUAUUUCGUUUAAAACAAAUGUUUACACAGGCAGCUUCAAAAACAACCUUCCAACGAAAAGAUUUUCUGUAACAUUAACGAGCUCUUUAAAGCUUUUUGGGGUGUCCGGAUCAAAAACUAAUAGCACAGGUCCACAGCCAUGGGUCCUGGUCCCAUCGACCCAAAGGAACUCCUGAAGGGCCUCGACUGCUUCCUGGGCAAGGGCGGGGACAUUAAGGGCGUCGAAGAUGCGGCCAGGAUAUACACUCUGAUGAAAGAUGCGAAAAAAUUGGUGAGCAGAUGCACCUACUUGAACAUCAUCCUGCAGACGAAAACACCGGACGUGCUAUCAAGGUUCAUCAACAUGGGCGGCUACAAGCUGCUCAACUCUUGGCUGGGACAGGCCAAGAACUCCAACAACAUUGCGCUCAUGCUGCAAAUCCUUGUAACGCUCAAGAGGCUGCCGCUGUCCGUUCACCACCUCAAGCAGAACAACACGGCCAAGAUGGUGAAACAGCUGAGCAAGUUUGCGGACAGUGAAGAGCUCAGAGAGGUGGCGACGUCGCUGGUGAACGGCUGGAUGACGGUCAUCCGCUCGCAGAGCGCGGCCAACGCUCCCGUGCCAGAAAGGCCGGAGAAGAAGAGGAGGAAAGAAGACGGCGUUGCCGCGACGGUGCCAACCGGCGGCGCUGCCGUUGCCGCCGGCAUUGCCGCCAGCAAUGCCGUCAGCAGCGCCGGCGGCAGCGCCGGCAGCGCCGGCAGCAGUGCCGGCAGCACCACCAGCAACGCCAGCAGUAGCGGCAGUGGCGGCAGUAGCGGCAGUCCCGCGGUGGAGAAGAAGACGGCGGAGCCGCGCGCCAUCGUGCAGCUGGAACGGCGAGAGAAGCCGAAAUCGGCGCGCACGGUCGCACCGUCACACGCUCGCUUCCGUUCCACCGGCCUCGAGGAGGAGGCUCCACUCCCGUCCCAGAUCAAGAAGACGGCGACGGUGGCCGUCGCGGAGAAGCAGCCGAGCACCACCAAGGUCCCGCCGAGCAUAACGAUCAAGCGGCAGAGCCCCGUGAGCAUGGGCUCGGCACCCCCAGAGAAGAAAUACAAACCCCUGAACAUGAACCCCAACAGCAACAAGGAGAUCAAAGUGAAGAUAAUCCCCGCACAACCCAUCGAGAGCCUGGGCUUCAUGGAGGCCCUGAACUCGGCUCCGGUGCUCGGCGUGAAGAUCAAGAAGAAGCGGAAGAGCUCCUCGCCCACCAGCGCCAAGUCCAACCCGCUGGACGCCUGCGGCAAGUCCGACGUGCCCUCCAACCCGGCCUCGCCUACUUCGGGGGCGUCCGGCACCACCGCCGGAGCCGCCGCUGCGGGGUCGGAGGGGGAACCGGGAGCCACCGGCGGCGCCGCAGCCGCCGAGGCUAACGGCGUCGUCCCCGCGCCGGCGGCUCCGGCGGCUCCGGCUGCCGCUGCUGCGGUGGCGCCCGCGCAAGGAGAGCCGGACGGGGAGCCGAUGGACUUUGAGCCGCAGCUCGAAGGCACGGAGCCGGCGCCGGAGGCUCCGGCGGCCGAUCCGGCGGUGGCGGCGGCGGCUGCGGCGGCGGCGGCGGGGGCGGCGGCGCCCGUCGACCGGACGAAAAAGGGCAAGAAGCGCAAGACGGUGUGGUGGCCCGAAGACGCGAGGCUGCGGGACGUCUUCUACUUUGAGCUGGACGAGAUGGAGAGAGUGAACGUGAACAAGGUGAAGGACUUUGGGGAGGCGGCCAAGCGGGAGAUGAUGAUGGACAGGAGAGCAUUUGAGACGUCGCGAAAACUCAGCCACGACUCCAUGGAGGAGAAGACUCUGUGGGUGCGUCCGCGUCUGCUGGACGUGGUCUUGCCGGAGUUUGGCACGGGCAGCCUGGAGAAGCGUGUCCAGCAGGAGCGCGAGAUGAGCGUCCUGCAAGAGCUCUUCCUCACCAAGGACAGCGUGCCGGACAACCCUCACGAGCCGGACCCCGAGCCGUACGAAGGCCGACAGCCCAAGCUCAUCCCUCUGGAGGACGCAUCGGCGCUUGAGAGCUCCACCACGCCCGACGGGCAGCUUCCCGCCAGCGCCACUCCCGCGCUGCUGCUGCAGCAGCAGCAGCAGCAGCAUCCGGCGAUCGCCGCGCAGCUUCCGCUCGACGGCUCCGUCUCCAGCCUGCCCCCCAUCCUCGCCAACCUCAUGGGCCUGGACGGCGGCAUCGUCGCCCUCGGAGGGGGGUCUCCCGGCGGUCUCGGCGUCGGGGGGGCGCCCCCCAAACUGCCGCCCGUCCUCGCCAACCUGGUCAGCGGCAUGGCGGCGAAGGCGGGGGGUCCGGCGGGGCCGGCCAUGUUGCCGCCCCCCAUGGCGCCGCCGCCGCCCCCGAUGGUGCCGCCGCCACCGAUGAUGCCGCCCGGGAUGGCGAUGCCGCCGCCCAUGGGGGUGCCGCCGCCGGGGAUGUCGGCCGACGUGGCGCUGAAGGGCGUGCAGGAGCUGCUGUCGUCUCUCAUGGGGAACCAGCAGCAGCACCAGCAGCUGUCCGAGGAGCUCCUGAAGCAGCCCGAGUUCACCGAGAAAAUCAAGCAAAUGCUGGCACCGCUGCAGAACCAGCUGCCGCCACCCCCCGGCCCGGUGCCGAUGCAGGGCGGCCCUCCCAUGAUGCACCACAACGGGAUGCAGUUCCCCAUGGGGAUGGCCAACGGGAUGGGAUUCCAGCCCGGAGUGCGACCGCCAUUCCCAGUGGGGGUCCCUCCGCCAGGCACACACAUGAUGGGCCCCCCACCUCCCAUCAACAUCCCCCCUCCGCCAACCCAGACGCAGCAGCAACAGCAGCAGCAGCAACAACAGCAGCAGCAGCAACAGCAGCAGCAUAACAACAACAGCGGCGGUGGUGGCGGAAACGGUGGAGGGGGCAAUGAGGAGUACUGGGAUUCUGGGAAUGAGGGGAUGAGAGGCGGCGGUGGCCGUCCGCCCUUCAUGCAGUCCGGGGGCGGCGGCGGGGGGAGGAUGGGACGGGGAGGAUCGGGGGGAGGGGGCGGAGGAGGGCGGUCGGGAGGAGGUGGCGGGUACAGGACGGGUCGCGGUGGACGUGGGCACAACAACGGUGGAGACAUGUCCAAGAGGCCGAUGUGCAGGCACUUCAUGAUGAAGGGCGGCUGCCGCUACGAGAACAUGUGCGGGUUUUACCAUCCGGGCGUCAACGGACCUCCGCUGCCCUGACCGAUGCGAAACCAUCCCGGGGUGCCCUACUCGUACCCACCCCCCCCCCCCCCCCCCCGCCCGCGACCCCCCCCCACGCGCCAACGUAACUGUGGGGGAAGGGGAGGGGGUGGCGAUGGAUCUCACUUUGAAGUCAAAAACUAUUAAAAAAAAACCUCCCAGCAUCAUCACUGGGUUGGUGAAAGUGGGGUGGGGGGGGGGGAAUUUUGACGGCGAUCGACCUCGACAGAACGGAGAGACGCGCGCACGUGCGACCGGAUGUCCCGGCACGGCUGAGAGGGUGGCCGCUCCACGUGCAUCCGCCCGUCGCCUCGCGCGGUUGCAAACACAAGAAUCCGUCGUCGUAACCGCGCGGCCCCUGCCUCGGUUGUUCGAGAGGGGGUCGCCACGCGCAAGCGGCAGACGCACGCUCUCCGCGAAGAGAUGCUGCUCACCCCCGUGACCAAUGGUAGAGCCGACCAAGGGUUGUUGCACUCGACCGCGCCGCGUCCGACGACGCGUUUCACUUGGAGAGAGCGCCGACGUGUCUUGCGUGCGACACGCGCCAGGACACGCCGCCCGAGCGGGGACAGGAUUCCUGUCCUGCAGCGGGUUUCGGGGGAGUCGACGCCGCGGCCGGCUUGAGGCCGGGAACGGUCUUUUGCGAAAACUGAAAGGAGGAGAUUGGAUUCCCGCGCGAACGAACACGGCAGCAAAACGAACUCCGCGUUCAUUCAUUUUCAGCGUGAGAUACGCCGAGCGGGGUUGGCAAAAACGGCGUUUGGACGAUGGUCUCGUUGCCCACUUUGUUUUGUAAGAUAAAAAAUGUCACCGUUUUUGUUUGAAGACUUAGAGCACGUGGUAAUUAUUCUUAUUUUCUGAGAAUUUUCGUUUUUCUGGGGGUGUGGCGGUGGCAGUUGUGGGAGUUGAACAACGUGCAACAGUUACUUUCGUCCACAUUUUCAGUGCGAGUUAGGCGUCACGGUAGUUUGCCGCGAGCGGAUUUGUGUUUUAUUUAAAUGUAUUAUAUAUUAUUUUUUUACUUGUAUAAACAGUGUAUCACUUAAACGGUAUGCCAGGCGUACCAUCCCAGUCGUGCCACGAGGACACGAAACCGUUACUUUGAUACGACGCCGAAAUAUCAAGAUGAUAAGAACAGGAUAUGUCCACUGUGUCUCAAAAGAUUUACGUUUUUUCAGGAGGGCCUUGCCACAUUGGGAUGUUUGGCCAUAGAUCCCAUGAGUUAAGAGUUUGGGCUUCUCGUUGGGGGGGGGAGGGGGAAGGCACCGGAUAAAACCCAACACUGCGUUUGUAUAAGAGGGGGAUGACGCGCUGAGAGGUACGCACGGAUACGUUCACGAACCCCCACUUGAUGUAUUGCAAUCUGGCCGCCUCACAGCACCCCCCCCCCCUCACUCAAGUGAGCGGGGAUCAGUAGUUGUGUCGGAGGGAUUUGUAUUUGUUUAACCAGACGGGAACUCAGGAGAAACCAGCUGGUGCUAGGUGGUUACAAGCGGGGUGAGAAUUCAAGAGGACUGGCGACUUGGAGCUGGGCCGAUGAAUCGUGUACGAAGUCACUUUCGUGAGACUCCUGUGCAGGACAGAGAGAGGGUUUUGUAAUCGGUUCGCCACCGAUGAUCCCAUUUUGUAGGAGAGCGAGAGAGGGAGGUGAUGAUGUCAUGAGCAGGCAAGGAUGCGAUGUCAUCACGGCGGGUUUUCUCUGGGCACUCCGGCUUUCCUUUCACCUGUAGAAGUGCGUGUCGAGGUUUUAGCCCUCCGGGUGUGAUUCCGGAUUGUGCCGCGUCGUUCACACGCGGCCCCCCCGGGAGCUUACGUGCCCGGGAGCAGAGAUAUUUGGAUGUUGUGCCGAACAAUUAAUACGCAGGCGGCACGACUCGCAAAAAAACGCGUCCAUGGGUUUACACGGCAACGGAGCUGUCUGAAAAAGAGGCUUUGAAAUCGUUUGAGGAUAUUGCGAGGGUAAAAAAAAACAACCAACAACUGUGAAACGUGCUGCCAGCGUUGUCGCGGCCAGGGUUCGUCGUUGACGGCGUUGUGCGUCGUGAAAGCCGCGAGACGUGCGGCGAUUUUUUUGUACUUUUCUAAUAUGGUGAAACCACGGAAAGUGUCUCUUUAGUUGUUGGCAUCCGCCCGAAAUACGCCGUGGUUCUUGUCUCCGACGGUUAACGGCUGACGGUGGGGGGGGGGGAAGGCAUUUCGCUCUCCGCCGCACGUAACCAGCCUCGAGUCCGUCUUUUGGAUGCCGUCGGCUCGCCAACGGAUCCUCACCCGUUAAUUAAAAGGAGAAGAAAUGAUCGAUUGUAGCAAGCAACAAAAAAUGUGUACGUGCGCAGGUCAAACCGAAUGACACCGUAUUCUCUGGAUUUCGACGGCCGUUUCUUUUACACCCCCCCCUUUAUUUAAAAAAGAGAACUGGGUGGGGGGGGGGCGGGGCUGUGUGCAUCCAAUAUCUUAUGUGACUGUAGUUGUAUCUUCAUAGGUACAACUUUGUUGGGUGGUGCCUUCAGGGAGGCUCUUAUAAUGCAGAGAAUACGGCGAUGCAUUCCACGAGAAGAUAUUUAAGAGUUCACUACAUGAAUACAGGGGCGAGGGGGUGGUGAAGCCUAGACAUCGGUAGCAGCCGAUUGGACAGUUGAAUUGUAACCACGCGGCCGUAUGAGUGGACUGCGUUUUGAUUUCAUCUUUAUUCGGACAUCAUCGGCGUCGUAAACAUGGCAAGGUUGUUGGUAGAACUGGUAUCACAUGACAGCUGCCCCCCUCCCCCCUACAAACUGAUGAUCUCUAACGAAGGUAAAGCCCACGUUGGCACGAGCUGAGAUUCCAAUUGGCCUCGUUGCUCGAAAUGAACACUGUCGAUUUGUCUAAAGAUUUGAGAACUUGGUUGUACGGAUAAAAUGUAAAAUAUGUCCUUAGACUUUAUCCAACUGUAGACCAGCACAAAUAUUGACAGGACAAUUGUUUACACAGGAUAUAAAUAUGAUGCUGUAUAUUAUAUUUUUUUGUACAAAUGGACUUAAGGUGCGGUGUGUGGUGAUAUUCGUGCAAGUAGAUUCGGAAACCCAGGAACAGCCGUUGUGGUUGCAGAGAAUUUAGUCACUGAUGAUUCCAAGUAAAGAUGAACCCAGCAGGUAUCCAGUUUUUUUUUCGUGGCACAGAUUAUUGGGGCUCGUCGCCUGUUCAUCCUGUGCAGUUGACAAUGCUGCAUUGUACCUGGUUCCUGUGGUGAAACAUCAACGUACACACCGUUAUGACUCACGGAGCACACAAUAGUUUCUACGCUUGCUCAUACCACUGCUGGGCAGAAGGGCCCCCACCUGCCCGAGCUCCCGAGACCAUCCUCUGGAAGAGGAUAUUUUGGUCUCCUCUUCUACGCCGGCAAGAAGUUUUGUAAACGGUGGGAUUACCCCAUGCCUUGCCCCACCGCACGCUACCUGCCAAUCAAUUGAAUGGCGUGGCCACGCACGCUUCCGUGUCGACCAAGGCAGUGGGAUUUAAGAAACUUUCCAAGGUGUGCAAUGGUUCCGUUGGUGGCAUUCGACUCGGUUGGUCACGUUACAUGCGCGCAUGAGAAUCGGUCGCGCGCAUUUAACGUGACGUUUGUAAUUGCUACGUGGCAUCAAAUGGAGUCGAUUCAACCUUUUCGAAGUAAUGUACAAUUUCAACAAAAAACACUUGUCAGGAUCAAUUGUUACACAACCCGUUUUGUCUUCCCGGAAUAGAGGUAUUUAAAUCGGACUUGGUGGCGUAUUGACAACACGUGAGUGAAACAAACAUGUGGGGGUUUCCCCGCCUUGUGAUGCGGUGUACGCACCUGUAAAUUUGGGAAUUCAACUUUUUCACAGAAUAUGCCAACGGAGCUUCCACAGACUUCCCAGUGUCGGUGGCAAUAAGUGCCGCAAAUUAGCGGCACUGAACCUUUCUGCUGCUAUUCGGUGUCGCCCACGGCUUUGGGCCACGGUGACAUCUUGAUCCAAGUUCAAACUUUCAAGGGCCUUGUUCUCUCUUAUUCAUGGCUCGGCCUCGAAACGUUAAGGCUCGGCUCGCGCUCGGUCACUUCCAAAGACGCACGUGGGGCUCAGCCGUGGCCUGGCUCAGGCUUGGCUCAGGUCUGGCUCGUGCAAAUCCAGGAGCCGGCUCAAGUUGAGCGUCGCUUUCAGCCGGCUUGUUCGCCACGCCGAAGCCGAGCCAGAGAAUGAGGGGGGGGGGGGGAGGCCCGAGUGUUAUUUCAAAACGACAUUGCCAAAUUAGCUGCAAAUCGUGUAAAAUAUUAUUGAAUGUUGGUAAGUCUAAAAAGUAUAAAGGGGGGGGGGGGGGGUGGUGGUGGAAUUUUGCCUUUGUAAAAAUGCAACGGGCCGUGAAAUUCUUUGGGCACUGACUUUUGUGACUGAGGGUGAAAGAUGUUUUCAUUGUCGUUUUAUUGUAAGAUAUCGCUAUUACUACUGCUACAGUGCUACCAUGUGAAUGUUUCAUACCGGUAUGACAAGCUUUACCAAGCGAGAGAGAGUUUGUGUAAAAUAAAAAUAAAAAUUUCUACAAGACCGUUUC